AUGGGAAACAUCAAACUCCUUAACCUGGGAGAUCCAGAACGAGGAUACCUCCGUCGCAGUUUGCAGUCUGGCCGCUUAUCGCGCCAUGUUGAGGACGUAGACUAUGCGAAUUUUGCAAUAAUCUUGCAAAAAUUUUAUCCACUCUUCUAUCCCGAUAUUUUUUUGGUCAAAGGUCAUCAUCGAUCUAAUCUUGGCUUGAUUUAUUUUCAAUCAUUCGUCGACUACAGGAGAAGAUUUUGAACUCCUUCUCGUACUCCUUCUACACGUGUCUCAACAACCGCGUCCUACACUUUCGAUUCUUCGGAUCACAAGGGACUCUACGAGAGAACUAAUCGUAGCGUGUAUGGAACAACUAGCCCAACUGGUACUCGUGGGCUGUUGGAUCUUGGCAAUACCACUGGUGAAGAGGAGGAUGAUGACGAAGAUGGACAAGAAUCCAGUCGAGUCAUUUAUACUACCAAAGUGACUGGACCUGAAAGACGGUCACCGUGGAGAAAAGUUUGGGAUCGACUGCUUGGAUACGAU